AGUUAGUACAGAUCCUCCUAGGUAAACGCCUACGCGCAAAGUGAACUUUUAGAUAGCUCUGCGGAAUCACUCGCAAUUGCAAAUUACGAUACCACAGACCAAGGUCUUCGUUUCAGUUGUUUUUGACAUAUUGCAUAUUGAAUAUUAACAGAAAUAUGGGGCGGAGUAAAAAGCCGGAGCCGGUGAAGCCCAUAGCGCCUGAGCCGGCUCGUGAACCGAUCAGGUUAACAAACCUAUACGACGCAGGAAUCUUGAAGGGAACCCUUGAUGAGUUUGCAAGAGAGGUUAUCCUUGACUAUGGGCACCAAGAGGACGUUAUGAUCAACAACGUUAAGAUCGGCCUUGGAAUUGCAGCAAUGGCCAUAGCAGCAUUCUCUCACUUCGGGCCAGGGAAAUUCCCGGCCAACUGGUGGAUGGUCUUCGGCUGUGUCGUGUCGUACAUCCUGCUGACCUUUGUGAUGAACAUCUACAGCUGGAAAAUGGAGGGAGAUGCAUUUCUCGUGACGAAGCCGUUCCGCAAUGGAAAGGGCCUGCGGUUAUCGUCCCGCAUGGGCCGUUUCUCAAACGAGUACACGCUGGUGCUUACGGGCCGGGAGGACCCGGACAUUGAGGUGAUGUCCACCGUGCGCAUAUCCAGCUUCUUCCACGAGGAUGGGUACCUGGCAGAAUCCGCUUGGCGAGCCGAGGUGGAGAAGCUGUGGCAGGCCUUUGAGCAGAAGCGAGGCGAGAAGGUGGCGAAGAAGAAAGACUGACUGAGGCUGCCGCUCAGCAGCUGCACGAACGUUGCAGUCUCCUGUUAGGCGGCGGCCUGGUGCUGGAUCGCCUGCUAAGCAUUCGCUCUUCAAUCGAAGAACGUUAUGACAAUAUUGACAUAGGGUUUGAAUUUAUACUGCUGGGGGCUGCGAGUGCAGUGAGAGGUCUUACCCGGCAAGUGGAAUGGCGUGACUUCCUAACCUGGCCUCAGCUGACGUCUCUGCUAAGUGUUCCGUUUUCGACGCAACAGCAGAGAUUGCCAUGUGGUUAUAGAACUGGGCUUGGAUGAACAGUGGCGUGUUGCUCGCAUGGUCUUUACCCUGCUCAUUGCAUGGUGGCCCCUCGUACGGGAAGGAGCCUGCGGACUUGUAGGAUUUUGCAGGCAAGGGCCAAUUGUGCUCUUCCUGGCAAUUCGGUAGAUUCUUGCGGGGCCUGCACGCAUUGCAUCUGUAUCCUCAUGCACUAAGGUGUCCUGAUAGGUGUCCUGAUAGGACGUUUUAGACAUUUUUAUGGCGGUUUCGAUGGACGGUCAGGUGGCCAAGGUAUGAAGAGCUAGUUGGCCUUGCUUGCACCGUUCCUUAAUAAUGCUUUCGGCGAUAGUGAGCACCCUGAUUGCUGGUGCUUGAAAAUCCUUAUCCUGAGCGCCACCAGGUACAGCGAUGGCCUCGCGCGCCUAUCCUGACUGGCCGAUCCUGGGUCCCCAUGGACUUCACACUGCUUAAAUUUAUCCAGUUCG